GGCACAACAAGCGCACCUCCGUGUUUCUGAGCUGCGCUGCGCACUCUGCAGAUCCUCCCCGGCACCGAGCACCGCACCGACCCGCCCGGCGCGCAGAGGACGCAGGGAUGAGCUCGCCCUCCGCCCUUCGCAUCGCACUACCGUGAGCGCGUGACGGCUCCUUCCCCGCAGGACACACGCAUCCACAGAGGACCCGCACCGGUCCGCUGUCCCCGCAAACCCCCCGCAGCUCCUCCUCGGACACCCGCAGCAGCAGCAGCAGCAGCAGCAGCCGCCCCGGACCAUGGCGGAGCGAAGCGGCCGGCUGAGCUUCCCCGGGAGCGGGGCUCUCAACAGACCGGUGCCCAUGAACCUGUUUGCAACGUGGGAGAUUGACGGAUCCUCCCCGAACUGCGUCCCCAGGCUGUGCAGUCUGACUCUGAAGAAGCUGGUCGUGAUGAAGGAACUCGAUAAAGAGCUGAUCUCUGUGGUCAUAGCCGUAAAAAUCCAGGGCUCCAAACGGAUUCUGAGGUCCCAUGAGAUAGUGCUGCCCCCCAGUGGCUCUGUGGAGACAGACCUGGCUCUCACCUUCUCACUACAGUACCCGCACUUCUUAAAACGAGAAGGAAACAAGCUGCAGAUCAUGCUGCAGCGACGGAAGAGAUACAAGAACCGGACGAUCUUGGGCUACAAGACUCUGGCGGUGGGAUCUAUCGACAUGGCCGAGGUGAUGCAGCACCCGACCGAGGGAGGCCAGGUCCUGCCUCUCUGCAGCAACCAGAAAGAAACGCUGGGCAACGUGGCGGAGAUCUGGAUCUUUUCUCUGUCCAGUCAGCCGAUAGACCACGAGGAGGCCGCCCUGCAGGACGGACUGAAGACCAAGUGCUCCGAUAACUACUCGGAGGAAGAGUACGAGAGCUUCUCCUCGGAGCAGGAGGCCAGCGACGACGCCGUGCAGGCGCAGGAUCUGGAGGACGAUGAGUACGAUGUGAGGAAGCCAAAGAAGCAGAGGAGGUCGAUUGUAAGGACGGCCUCCAUCACCAGACAGCAGAACUUCAAGCAGCGAGUGGUGGCUCUCCUGAAGCGGUUCAGAGUUACAGAUGAGGUGCUGGACUCGGAGCAGGACCCUGCAGAGCCGCCUCCUGAGGUGGAGGAGGAGGACCUGGACCUGGACAGCGUGGAGUUUGAGAACCCCAGUGACAGCGGCCCAGAGCUGGAUGACGACGACAGCGUCCUCAGUACGCCCAAACCCAAACUCAAGCCGUACUUCGAGGGUCUCUCCCUCUCCAGCUCUCAAACGGAGAUCGGCAGCAUCCACAGCAUCCGGAGCCACAGGGAGCCUCCGAGCCCGAUUGACACGGAUAAAAACAAGAGCGGAGCCAAGUUUCCAGAUGAUAAUGUGUCCGAUAACGUCUCCUUUGAGCAGCCGGAGGCGGUGACUCCCACCACUGAGCUGGAGAUGGACAACAUGGACACGUUUCUAGAGAGACUGCCACCUAGUGGGAAAAUGACCAAGACAGAGUCCCUCAUCAUUUCGUCCAACAGGCAGGAGCCGAAGUUGGCCGGUCGACGAGGCAGGAGCACGUCGCUGAAGGAGCGUCAGCCCAGCAGGCCCCUGAACGAGAGGGCCAACAGCCUGGACAACGAGCGGUCCCUGGACACACGCUGCCACCUACAGAUCCCAAGGAAGACGGUUUAUGACCAACUGAACCACAUCCUGGUGUCUGAUAACCACCUCCCUGACAGCAUCAUCCUCAUCAACACGUCAGACUGGCAGGGCCAGUAUCUUUCAGAUAUGCUUCAAAACCACCACCUCCCAGUGGUGUGCACCUGCACCACAGCAGACAUCCAGGCUGCAUUCAACACCAUCGUCUCCCGCAUACAGAGAUUUUGUAACUGUAACUCCCAGACGCCCAUUCCCAUAAAGAUAGCCGUGGCCGGAGCGCAGCACUACCUCAGUGCAGUCCUGAGGCUUUUUGUGGACCACCUCACCCAUAAGACCCCUGACUGGCUCGGAUACAUGAGGUUCCUCAUCAUCCCUCUAGGUGCACAUCCAGUCUCUAAAUAUCUGGGCACUAUUGACUAUCGAUACAACAGUUUGUUCCAAGACUCUGCCUGGAGGGACCUGUUCCUCAAGCCAGAAGCUCCUGUUCUUGCCCAGGAGAAUCCAGACGUGGUCUCGAGGGUCACUCAGUACAUGGUGGGCGCUAACGGAGCUCACCAGCUUCCCAUCGCAGAGGCCAUGCUCACCUACAAACAGAAGAGGAAAAAGAGCUUUCAUUUUGAUUUUGCAGUAAGCCCCGACGAGGACUCGUGUCAGAAAUUCAUCCCUUUCAUUGGGAUGGUGAAAGUUGGCAUCGUGGAGCAGUCGUCGGCAGCGUCAGGAGACUCUGAUGAUGCAGCACCUCUGGUCUCCUCGCUGCUCUCCUCCACGCCUCCACAGAUAUCUCCUGCUCUCAAAGAGGCGUCGCCCACCCCGCCCUCCUCUCCGUCCGUCAACACCAGCUUCUGUGCUUACAGCUCUGGCAGUCACGCGGAGCUGAUGGGGCUUCAGGUGGACUACUGGGUGGCUCCAACAGAAAGGAAGAAAGACGUGGAGAAGCGAGAUUCCUCCUCCAAAAAUACUCUGAAGUGCAAUUUCCGCUCGCUGCAGGUCAGCCGGCUGCCACUGGGAGGCGCUGAGCCGAGCCCCCAGCCCACCAUGUCCAUGACAGUGGUCACCAAGGAGAAGAAUAAGAAGGUCAUGUUCCUGCCAAAAAAGAGCAAAGACAAGGAGGUGGAGUCCAAGAGUCAAGUGAUCGAGGGAAUCAGCCGCCUCAUCUGCACUGCCAAGCACCAGCAGACCAUGCUGAGAGUGUUGAUCGACGGCGUCGAGUGGAACGACGUCAAGUUUUUCCAGCUGGCGGCACAGUGGUCGUCACACGUCAAACAUUUCCCCAUCGGGAUCUUUGGACACUCGAAAGGCCCGUACUAGCACCUAAGAGACACUGAGGACAGCUCCCCCUCCCCUCGCCCUGGUGCCAACAGUUUUUAACCCCCUUCACCUCACUCCCCCCCGGCACACGUCUUCUGUUCUGCUGUCUUAAUUUAAGCUCCUGCUUUCCACUGUUGCAAUUUGUCCAAUUAUUUAAUCUUUUGCGUGUUUUUUUUUAUUUUCUAUUUAUGUAAAGAAAUGUCCCGAGGCAAAGCUGCUGAGGGAAUAUUUCUUUACUCUGCUUUUUAAAAAGAAAGAAUCCUGCUGAUGUUUUAUAGACUUUUGAGAGAAAAAGAGCCGAAUUAAAUAAUAAUUAGAAAUAACCUUCGACAAACUGUACGAGUGUGAGCAUGUUGGUUUUUCUUUGGGUGAGGUCGGUUUCAAGCACUUGGCCCCAGCACAAUUAAUCAAGAACAUACAAAAAAAACGACAACAGCACCGGAUUUGUAAUGAAGACGAGCAUCUUCUUUUCUAACCAUGAUGAAGAAACGACGGACGCUCUUCUUCAGAGACUUGUCGAUUCCUCUUCUUAACCCCGAAGAACUAAAAAUAAAUGGCCCCUGACCUUUGACCCUCUGCACUAUAUGAAGACGUCUAAUGUGCAAUAGACUGUGUGAAUGCGUUUAAUAAUCUGACACUGUUGGAAGAUUAGUUGUGAUUUUCACUGUACGUAAUCCCCUCUGGUUUUUUAUUUUCUUGGUGAACUGGCUUGAGGUUUGAAGACUUGCUCCAAAACUUGGUCCAAAAUAUUAGAACACGAGGGGAACUUUUAGAUGGUGAUACAAAUAUAAAGGAAUAUUUGGGAAUUGCACUUGUCUGCUUUCUUGCCAAGAGUUAGAUGAGAUGGAUGAACUCUCUCGUAUGUAGGGUGAACAAAAAGCUGCAGCUAGCUUAGCUUAGCACGGGGGAAACAGCCAUUCUGGAACUAAUCAUGGGAACAAAAUCUGCCCACCAGCUACACCGUUACUUUUAGUUUGUUACAUUUUUACAGAAACAGAGUAGUAAAAAUACAAGUUGGGUUCUCUGUGGUUUUACAGGGAACAUCAAUUGCCGAUUGUCGAGAUUUAAAGUCAAGAUUUAGUUUGAAUUAAACAAAAGAUGUUUUUUUUAGCCUCUUCAAAUAACACAAAAUAAUAAAUCUUUUUUAUUUAGUCCGUGCAAAACCUGAGCCAGGCUUCCCACCUUUGUGCUAAACUUAAGUGAACCACCUCAAAGCAUUGAUCUUUUUUAUCGAACUCUCAGCAAGAAAGUACAAAUUAUUUCCCAUAAGCUUGUUUAUUAGAGUUUUUCCUCCGUGUUAAAUAAUCGUUUCCUCAAAUGUAUUUUAUUAAACUCUUCCUCCUCAAGCCCCACACUCCUCCAUCACACUCCAUAGUUUUUGCUAAAAGCAAGUGUUGUUUUUGCCAAAGGGAAUAUUCAUCCACUGCAGCUCCCUCUGUAUCACUACUGUGUGGUAUUAUAGAUGACUUCAUGACGUAGAGGUGAAUGUAUUGAAGGUACCUUAAUGUAAAGCACUUUUAAAUGUUUGUCCAUGAUAGAUUUUAGUGUGUUCGACCUGCUCCCAGGAACCUGAGGGCCACACAACUGGUCCACAGAGGCACAUAUGACACAAUACCUGAGGUCAACAACAGCACAAGCAGGGGCGACGGGGCAUAUCGUGCAUAUGCAAAGUCAACCAGGCAUCUAUAUCUUCUCAGUGCUGUUUAAUAUCACUUUACCCGAAGCCUCGUUGGGCUGUGCUAGGUUUUAGUUGAAUAUUUUGUCAGGUUGGCCUAGAACGUGUAUGUGACGUUAACAUCUCAAAAAAAUGUUCUGUCAGUAGAUUCAAUCUUUAGUUGACUAUUAAACAAAAAAAAAGUAUUUUGCUUAUAAAUAUUUCUUUCCGUAGCAGUUUCAUCACAACCUUUGCCAAUUUCUUGAUAAGUGCCUAAAUUGCUUAAUUUUGACAGAUCAAUGUAAAUAAAGGUCGCUGGCUAACAUGGUGCUGAUUCUGGUGCGACAACAACCAAAUAUCUUAGUACAGUGCGAUGAUUUAUGUUCAUUGGAAGGAGGGGAAAUCACACUCUGGCCAGUUGACUCUCAGACAUGGGUUUGGAUUUAUUAUAAGAACAUAACCGUCAAAACUAUACAGUCCAUUCAUGUUAAAGCGUACAUUUGUUUCUCUAUAAAGAUGUUAUAGAUGUGUUUUUUUUUCCAUGUUGUCUGUCUCAGAGAAAGGCUUGUUGAAACUGAAAGGUUCCCCUAAAGACUACCACUGUAAUCCCAAAACUGGGAGUAAUAAAAUACUAUACACACUAAAA